AUGUCAUUAGUUACGUUAAAAAACCAAAUAGGGGGAUUAUUGAAGAAGUCGAAGUCGGAUGAAGAGUUGGAAAGGAUCGAUGCUUCGUUAUCUAAUAAUAACAGACCAUAUGGGUCAACAAAUGAUGGAGAUGAUAGAACACAGGAAAUAAUAGUGGAAGAGGCCAUGGCUAACGCGUCUAAGCUGAACGGUUCUGUGAGCAGUGAAGAUGACGAGAAGGUAGGGUUUUUCGAUAAAUUUGACCCUAGAGUGAUGUCGGACAUAAUUAUUGGUUUAUCUGACGGAUUGACGGUUCCUUUUGCUUUGACGGCAGGGUUGUCAUCGUUAGGUAACUCUAAGUUGGUCAUUACGGGUGGUAUGGCAGAAUUGGUGUCGGGGGCGAUUUCUAUGGGAUUAGGGGGGUUUUUAGCAGCUAAAUCAGAGUUGGAAUACUAUAAAUCACAGGUGAAGAAGGAAAAGUUAGAGUUUUUCAAGAAGCCGGAGAUGAUCAACCAGGACGCAGCAGAAAUAAUGUUUGAAUUGGGGGCUUCCGAGCAGACCAUUGGGUCGUUUUUGAAAGACUUGGAUUCGCAACCUAAGAACCUCAUCGAUUUUGUUAUUCGUUUCGGAAAGGGCCUCGAAGAGCCUGCUGAGGGCAGAGAAAUCACAUCGGCAUUGACCAUUGGACUGGCCUACUUCUUGGGUGGUUUCGUUCCAUUAUUACCAUAUUUUUUCUGCACGGUAGUCAAAACUGGCUUGAUUACAUCAGUUAUUGUUAUGUUGAUCACCUUAUUUAUAUUCGGUUACAUCAAGACUUCCAUCUCCUUGGGAGAAGAUUGCGGAAGGGGUAAGAAAUUCAUCGAAGGUAUUCAAAUGGUGGCUAUUGGAUCUGUCGCAGCUGGGGCUGCCUGGACUUUAGUAUACUUUAUUGAUAAUUAA